AGUAAAAAAGCAAAGGACCCUCUUCGUCGCUUCUCUCUGGAAAAAGCCUGCUUCCGCAAGUUUGCGAUCAGCAAUGGCGACUCUCGACUCCGACGUUCCUAUGGUCCCCGCCGGAGAGGGAUCGAGCAGCGGCGCUUCUUCUUCUUCGAAGAAGCCGAAGCGAUUCGAGAUCAAGAAGUGGAACGCCGUCGCUCUCUGGGCUUGGGAUAUCGUGGUGGACAACUGCGCGAUUUGCCGGAACCACAUCAUGGAUCUCUGCAUUGAGUGCCAAGCGAACCAAGCCAGUGCCACCAGCGAGGAGUGCACGGUUGCUUGGGGAGUGUGCAACCAUGCAUUUCACUUUCACUGCAUCAGUCGUUGGCUGAAGACUCGUCAAGUAUGUCCGCUAGAUAACAGCGAGUGGGAAUUUCAGAAGUAUGGCCACUAAAAUUUCUUUAAGUGCCUUCCGACUUGUCUUACGGAUGCAGCAGUAGUGUGCAGUUGAAGUUCCGAAAAGCAGUUCUUGUUCUCAUUUGCUCUUAUUAUAUCUUUGAAUGGAGUUAAUUGAGUAUUUGGUGCUGCAAACUGGUUGUACCUGCUGUAACAUAAUCUAGCGUGUUCAUUUCGAAGUAAUUUGUAAGAUGCUAGAUAUGGAUGAGCUACAGUAAAAUUCAAGGAUAUUUUAUCGUAUUUAUGCUUUCUUUCUA